AUGUGGAAAACAGUUGACUUAGAGCCUGAGUUCAAAGACAGAAUUAUCAUGAAAUAUGAAUACAGAAAGAAAAUCAGGGAAGAACUGGUGCUAUUUUCUGCUGGAAAAAUCACAGACAACAGAGUAGCUGAGCUGAAGGGAAAGUACACCCAGCUGCAUAAGACUGUGAUAAGUUUACAGGAAUCUGAGAUCCAGCUGUUGCAGGAAGCCAAACAUCUUAGUGUAGAACUGGAACAACAGCAGAAUGAACUGGAAAAAGCAAAAGAGUUCCCUGAAGAAUGCUCUAGUGAAGUUUCCCAAAUAAGGCAACAGCUUCUUACUUGCCAGAAUGAAUACGAUGCUAUUAAACGAAGAGAGUACGAAGUUCAAGUCAAGAUGAAAUGCUUGCAAGAAGAAAAAAGAUUUCUGGAGAGAGAAUAUGAAAGAAUUCCAAAAGAAGGGGUAAAUAAGAAAAUUGAACAGUUGAAAGAAAAUUGUGAUGAGCUCCGCAAAGAAGUAAUGCAAAGGAAAACAGAAAUUAAUGCAAUAAAGGAAGAUGUUUCAUCCAAACAAAAGCUGAUGUUAGCAGACAAGAAAGAAGUGGAAGAGCUUCUGGAGAAGCAGAAAAAUUUAAAUGAUGAGCUAGUUAGCAUCCCUGAUGUUACAGCACAACUGGCUGAAGAAACUGAGAAGAUGAAUCAGAGAAAAAUUGAUGCAGAGAAAAAGAAAGAAGCCCUUAAUGACCAGAUAGAAGAGUUGAAUGGUACACUGAACGCCAUUGAAAAAAGGACUGAAGAGAUUUUGCAAGAAAGAGAGGAUGUAAUGAAGGAAUUGGAUAGGAAACAAAUUUUGCUAGAAAGAAAAGAACGAGAAGGCAAUACUUUGACAAAAUUACUGGAAAUGGACAGAGAGAAGGAAUCAGUGGCCCAAUCAGACAGAGAAGCUCUGAAGUAUAAUUUAAAUAAACGUGUCUUGGAGAGAAAAAAGGAAUCUGAUAUUCUCAUUCACAAGCAAGCACAGAAAGACAGAGAACUGCAAAAUCUAAAAAAGAUGGAAUUACAACUGAAUAUGAUUUAUGAUUCCUUGGAACAAGAUAAGCCAUAUUAUAAAAGACUCAAAUUAGAGGUAGAAGCCAUCUCUAAAACUAAUGGAGCGUUAUUAAAAAGACGACGAGAACUGCAGAAGGAAAUAGAAAUGAUCAAGAAAAGUUUAGCUGAACAGGAAAUUGUAUCAGAUAUGGAUGCCUGCACAUUAAAAGAAUGUAUUGCUGAAGAAGACCGACUUUUCAAAGCACAGGAAGAGUGCAGAAAUGAGUUAUCUGGACUUGCACAUCUGACUUGUCUCAAAGUUGAAGAGAAGGAAAGGACAUCUAGGGAUUUUCAGAAAGCCCAGAUACAACUUCAAACUAUUAUUAACGAAGUAAAAAGAAAGGAUCUUGAAUUAAGAGCGUGUAAAAGGAGGAAAAUAAAAAUCCAAAACAAACUCCAAGGAUCUUCUAAAAUGCAUGAUGAGAUCGAAAAUGAAAGGAAUAAAUGCGUACAUAUGCUGCAUGCUGCUGAGCAGAAAGCAAGUGAAAUUAAAAAACGGGUAAAAUUGAUAGGAAAUGAAAUAGAAAAUUUAAGGAAUACUAUUUUAACCAAGGAAAGCGAAUUGAAGAAGCAACAUCUGAAGAAUAAAAAUAAUAUAGUAAUGAGAGACAGUCUCAAAAGGGAUUGUUGCGAAACUGAAAAAUUCAUGGAUGAGAUGAAAGAAAAGAAAACACAACGGUCUCUGGAGCUGGAGAGACUUACCAAUAUGGUCAACCACAUUGAAGAGGAAACUGUGCAGCUACACAAGAAAUAUGAAAGGGCUAUUCAGCAAAAAUAUGAGAGUGGUCUUCUGCUAAGAAAUAGAGAAGAAGAACUAUGUAUUUUAUAUGAAAAAAUGAACAUGCAAGAGAUACUGAGUAGAAAUGGAGAUAUUGAGGUGCAAGAUAUGGAUGAACAGAUCAAACUUCUGAAGCUGAAGGUAGCUGAGAAAAAGAGGCAGAUUACAUUGUGGUGCAAAGUGCUCCCAGUGAAGAAUGCCCUGGAUGCAGAUCUGGUGGCACUUCAGAUACAGUUUUCCCUGUGCAAGGACAAGAUUAAACAGAUGGAGGAAAUGUUUACCGACCCCAGAAAUGAGAGCAGAAAGCGAGACGUGGGAGGGAAGGACCCAUCUGUACCUGAGCUACUAGAAAAGAUUGAGCAGCUGGAGGCAAAGCUGGUGCAGAAGCAGAAGAAGUUGCUGGAGACAGAUCUUCUCUACGAGCACAUUUCCCGGCUGACGGACAGAAUCCGUGCCAGGGCAGAGAACGGGAAGCGGGACACGCUGCUGCUGGCUAGAAGGACAAAUGAACUGCAGAAGAAGAUAAAGGACAGAACCCAGAAGAUGAUGGCUCUUGUUGCAGAGCUAUCCAUGAAGCAAGCACUUGCCAGUAAACUCCAGCAGGAAGUGAGAGAAAAAGAACAAUUUUUGAUGACUGUUUCAUCAAGGAUAAAUCAAGGCCUUCCGCCUCCCAAAGAAACAGAACACGAAUGGUUGAAGAUAUUACGCAAUGAGAGGAUGCAAAAAGAAGCAGCUGAAGCCAGAGCUAAACACACUGCAGAAGAGAAACAAACGCAGCGCCCGGCUACAUCCACACGACACCUCCAAUUGCCACGGCCCUACAGCGGGCUGGCUCCUUUCAAACCAAGUGAAACUGGUGCAAAUAUGAGACAUUUCAGAAAACCCAUUGUAAAGCCAAUUGAAAUCUGA